UCUGAUACAGGGUAGGAUUUGCUAUCGAAGGGUCAUGAUAGAGUAGAGAGAGAGAGAGAGAGAGAGAGGGAAGUGUGGGUGGAGUCGAUUCUGAAUCAUCUUCAUCUGCAAGCGAAUAAUUCCGCAAAACACAAAAGGGUUAAACAGAAAACAUCUCAAUCUCACCGUCUACCUAUUGGUAGGUGAGACCGUGAGAGAGAGCGAGAGAGGGGAGUUAGACACAUACAGAGACGAGCUGCAAAACAGAGAUCACAGCAACUAAUCAAUCGCCGACGAUCCAGGCGAGACUCCAAACUUCAAGCUUCAUCAUUUCAUUCCCCCUUUUCUUUAUAGACUAGAUAUAUGUUUUAUUUAUGUGAUUGUUUCAUCAAGUAAAGGGUCUUCAUUUUCUAUAGAUUGUAUAUCUUUCUGGUGUUGUUGGUAUUCAUGCACCGUGAAUUGAUUAAUGGGGCAUAAGAAGCGCAACUUUUCUCCGCGCUCCAAACCGUCUGCUCCUGCUACGGUGGUCCCUACCGAUGCUGCCGACGGUCUGGGCUCCGCCGAAGAGGAGCGUUCGACGAAUCUCGGUCCCUCUGAUGACUCCAGACAGGAGCCCAGUAAGAUCGAAGCCACCGUCCAAUCGGAUGCUUCGUCGUACUCUGCGGUCAAGCUCGAAUGCGAGCGAGCCCUCACCGCUCUUCGGCGAGGAAACCACACCAAGGCUUUGAGACUGAUGAAAGAGUCUUGUCUCCGCCAUGAGAACUCUGCUCUCCUUCACCGCGUCCAGGGGACUGUUUGUGUCAAGGUGGCUUCCCUAAUUGAGGACCCCAAUGCCAAGCAGCGACACCUCAAGAACGCAAUUGAGUCUGCUCGACGCGCUGUUUUGCUCUCCCCCAACUCAAUUGAGUUUUCCCACUUCUAUGCCAAUCUGCUGUACGAGGCAUCCAACGAUAGCAAGGGCUAUGAGGAGGUUGUACAGGAGUGUGAGCGGGCGCUUUCGAUUCUGAACCCUGUUGAUCCUGCCAAAGAGAGCUUGCAGGAUGAGAGCCAGCAGAAGCUGUCUACACCCGAGGCUCGGAUCGCCCAUGUGCAGCAGGAACUUCGUUCGCUCAUUCAGAAAUCAAACAUUGCUUCUAUUUCUACGUGGAUGAAGAAUCUCGGCAAUGGGACUGGGGAAGAGAAGUUUCGUUUGAUUCCGAUGAGACGGCUACCAGAAGACCCCAUGGAGGUCAGGCUGGUUCAAACUAGGCGGCCCAAUGAGAUCAAGAAAGCCACUAAGACGCCUGAAGAAAGAAGGAAAGAGAUUGAGGUGCGUGUUGCUGCUGCGAGGUUAUUGCAACAGAAAUCUGGCUCUUCCCAAUCCCAGAAUGACGAGGAGAAGCCUUCGGAAUCAUCUUCUGGGUCAUCCCAUCGAGUUGGAGAGCGCCGCAAGUAUGCAAAUUUACGGAAGAUUUCUUCUUCAGCAGACAGAAUGGAUCAAGUUCGAUCUUAUUGGAAUUCUAUGAGUCUUGAUAAGAAACAAAGCUUGCUUGAGAUAAGUGUUCGUGAUCUCAAGGCUCAUUUUAGUUCAUCUAAGGAUGGUUUGGCGUCUGAGGUCUUAUCAGAAGCUCUAUUUUUUGCCGAGUCCCAUAAGACAUGGAAGUUUUGGUCGUGCUGUCGCUGCAAUGAGAAAUUUACUGAUUGUGAUUCACACAUGCAGCAUGUUGUGCGGGAGCACAUGGGGAACCUAUCGCCUAAAUUGCAAUCAGUCUUACCUCAAGAAGUUGACACUGAUUGGCUGGAAAUGCUUGUCAAUGGUUCAUGGAAACCUAUCAAUGCCCCUGCUGCACUAAACAUGCUGGAAGAUCAAUUGAAAUGCCAAUCGCCUAGAGCCCUAGAUGGAUCUGAUACCAGGAACCACAAACAUGGGAAUAAGGAGUGUCUUGAUGAUGGUUGGUGCUUUAAAGAUACAUGGGAUUCUUCUCCUGGUGAGGAGAAGUUACAACCAGAUGAGGAGUCCAAGGCAGGGGAAAUUAGCAAUGGUAUUCAUCUGGAAAGCAGAAUCCAUGAUGACCUUUCCAACUUUGAGUUAAGGGAAUAUGAUGGGAACCGGUGGUCGAAGGAAUAUUACCUUGCACAGAGUUGGCCAUUAUCAGAUGAUUCUGAGCGUGCAAAGCUCCUAGAAAGAAUUCAUGGUAUGUUCCAGUUGCUUCUGAGACAUAAAUAUCUUGCUGCAAGCCAUCUUAACAAGGUAAUUCAAUACACGAUGGAUGAGCUUCAGAGUCUUGCUCCGGGUUCUCAAAUUCUGAACCAUGGCUUGGACCAAACACCACUGUGCAUAUGCUUUUUAGGGGCCUCUCAGCUUAGGAAAAUCUUUAAGUUCUUGCAGGAGCUUUCUCAUUCUUGUGGUUUAGGCAGAUAUUCUGAGAAGAAUAUUUCUGGGGAUGAUACACAUGGUGGUACUCCAGGCUCUGAAAUUAAAGAGAGAAUUGUUCUUACCGGUGAUUCCUCUUCUCUCCUUUUGGACGAACGUUUACUGCAAGGGGAACUUACUCCAGUUAGAUACCAUAGUGCUCAUGCAGAUGAUGGUUCUGCAGCAACUCCUGUUCUUAUUCGUGAUCAUGGAGAUGGGGUACUACCGGAUAGUGAUGCUCUAUUGUCCUGGAUAUUUACAGGUCCAUCAAGUGGGGAGCAAUUGACAUCAUGGACACGCCUAAGAGAAGAGAAAACAAAUCAAGGAAUGGAAGUACUCCAAAUGCUUGAGAAGGAAUUCUACCUCCUGCAAAGUUUGUGUGAGAGGAAAUGUGAGCAUUUGAGCUAUGAGGAAGCGUUGCAAGCAGUUGAGAGUCUGUGCCUCGAAGAGUUUAAGAAAAGGGAACACAUCACGAAAUUUGCCUCUCAAAGUUACGAGGCAGUCCUGAGGAAGCGGCAAGAAGAGCUUGUUGAGAGGGAUAAUGAUGUCACUCUUAUCAACAGUAGGUUUGAGUUGGAUGCCAUAACAAAUGUCCUCAAAGAGGCACAAAAUCUUAAUGUUAAUCAGUUUGGGUAUGAGGAACCUUUGACUGGUGUAACUACCCGUUUAUGUGACUUGGAUUGUGGAGAAGAUGAUGAUUGGAGAAUGCAGGAUUAUGUGCAUCAGACAGACACAUGCAUAGAAGUGGCUAUUCAGAAACAAAAAGAACAGUUGUCUGUAGAGCUCAGCAAAAUUGAUGCAAGGAUCAUGCGGAAUGUCACUGGCAUGCAACAGUUGGAGCUUAAGCUUGGGCCUUUGUCAGCCCAUGAUUACCGGGCAAUUGUGUUGCCUCUUGUGAAGUCAUUCAUGAGGGCACACUUGGAAGAGCUGGUUGACAAAGAUGCUACAGAGAAGUCUGAUGCUGCAAGAGAAGCAUUUUUAGCUGAACUUGCACUUGAUUCUAAGAAGAAUGUUAGUAGAGGAGGUGAUCAUUUGAAACAGCUACAGGAGAAACCAAAGGAUAAGAAAAAGAGCAAGGAUUACCGAAAACCUAAGGAUUUAAAGGCUACUGGUGUUGGCGGGCAGCUUCUCCAUCAGGAAACUGAGGAACAGGCCAGUUACUCUCCGGUUGCAUCAGAUGAGAACCAUCUAGGUUUUGAGGCUGUUUCUGUAAGUUGUGAUGCUCUGAAACAACAGGAGGAGGAAUUUCGACGUAGGAUUGAGCUUGAAGCAGAGGAGAGAAAGCUUGAAGAAACACUAGAGUAUCAAAGGCGAAUUGAGAAUGAGGCCAAACAGAAGCACCUUGCGGAGCAACAAAGGAAAGCUAGUGGAACAACAAUGGAGAAUGUAGCAGCAGAGGGAAUGUACAUUGAUUCAGACUGCAGUGCUAUUGAUAAAAAUGCACAUGGGCAAUUAAGACAUUCUAAGCCAGUAUGCUUGCCUGGUGCUGAUGGAUCUCCAACUAGUUGGAAGGGAACAGAUCGUGGUGGUUCUAAUUCUCAAAUUUUUAUACCUGAGGAAAAUCAGGCGGUUGAAUUGGAUUGCUCUACAAAAUACUCUGUGAAGCAUGACAUGCUACUGAAUGCACAGGUUGGGAGGGUCUCUCUAAGUUACCGAGAUAAGCCUUGUGGACCUUACACUAAUCAAGAUACAUUGGCAUUUGGGGUGCCAAAGGAUUCAGGAAGGAUGCUUGCAAACAAUGCCGAAGGAACUGCAAUGCUAAGUAAAUCCUCUACUGACUCUGGAAUUCAGCGGAUUAAGAAAGCACAUGGUCACUCUCAUGGCCAAGUUAGGCAAGGCUUACCCAACCAAGGAAAUCCAGAGAAUGGUGCUUUGCCUUCUGAUCGACGGGCAGGAAGGCAAAGUAAACGGCGUAAUAGUUCUACCAAGUCUCUCGAUGGAAAUCCUCGAGGCUUGCCAUUUGAGAAAGAAAAUGGUGAAGUGUUGAGUUUGCAAACCGAGGGUUGCACCAAAAAGCAAGUUAGAGGUCUGGAGAAUCUUCAAAGUGGAAAUAUUGAUUCAUAUCCUGGAGACAAUGCAACAAAAACAUUGAGACAGCUACAUGCAGAAGAGGAUGAUGAGGAAAGGUUCCAAGCUGACCUUCAAAAAGCCGUACUCCAAAGUCUUGACACAUUUCAAGCACAUAAAAAUUUGCCCCAUGUUCCAAGGCCAAGAGUACCUCAAAAGACCUCCCUACAAGUGGAAGAUUUUGGGUCUUCACCUAAUGAUGUCAUGGUCAACAACAUAAAUGGAACAGAUGUGUUUGGGAUGGGGCUGAAAAAUGAAGUUGGUGAAUACAAUUGCUUUCUGAAUGUAAUUAUACAGUCCUUGUGGCACUUAAGGCGGUUUAGAGAUGAGUUCUUGAGGAGAUCAGAAUCAACUCAUGUGCAUGUAGGAGAUCCUUGUGUUGUCUGUGCAUUAUAUGAUAUUUUUACUGCCUUGAGCAUGGCAUCCACGGAUACACGAAGAGAAGCUGUUGCUCCUACUUGCUUGAGAAUUGCCUUGAGCAACUUGUAUCCUGAUAGUAAUUUCUUCCAGGAGGGGCAAAUGAAUGAUGCUUCUGAGGUAUUGGCAGUAAUUUUUGACUGCCUUCAUCGAUCAUUUACAUCUGGUUCAGGUGCUUCAGAUGUAGAUUCAGAAGAAAGCAAUUGCUUGGGCUCGUGGGAUUGUGCAAGCAAUGCUUGUAUAGUGCAUACACUUUUUGGGAUGGACAUUUUUGAACGAAUGAACUGCUACAGCUGUGGUGUGGAGUCCAGACACCUAAAGUACACUUCAUUUUUUCACAACAUCAAUGCCAGUGCUCUCCGAACAAUGAAGAUUAUGUGUGCAGAUAGCUCUUUUGAUGAGCUUUUGAAGCUUGUGGAGAUGAAUCACCAGUUAGCCUGUGAUCCAGAGGCAGGAGGCUGUGGUAAACUCAACUAUAUCCAUCAUAUUCUUUCAAGCCCUCCACAUGUGUUUACAACAGUUCUAGGUUGGCAGAAUACCAGUGAGAGUGUGGAUGACAUAUCUGCUACACUAGCAGCUCUUAGUACUGAAUUAGAUAUUGGUGUCUUGUACCGGGGCCUUGAUCCAGGGAAUCGACAUUGCCUAAUUUCAGUGGUAUGCUAUUAUGGGCAACAUUAUCACUGUUUUGCCUACAGUCAUGAGCAUGAGCGAUGGAUUAUGUAUGAUGACAAAACUGUCAAGGUAAUUGGCAGUUGGCAUGAUGUUCUUGUCAUGUGCGAAAGAGGGCAUUUACAACCUCAGGUUCUUUUCUUUGAAGCUGUAAAUUAACUCUUACCUGGAGAUCACUCAGUACUUGCUCUACCAGGGUGUUACAAGUCUAGUGUGGCUUAGUGUUCAUUCUCUGUUCAUAGUGACGCAUAGCUGAUGAUAGUCAAUCCCACAAAUGUGGCAGAAGUCCAAUUCUUUUCUCAAUAGUGAUCAAAGUUUUGAAGCCAGUUUAAAAGAUUUUGUAGGAGCAGUUGGCCCUCUCGGAGAAACAGUGUAUUAAAAGAGAUUUUAUUUGAGGAAAUCAGACGAUUGAAACCCCGAAGCAUAGUGAAUUGAGCCUCAACAUCUGCAUCAGAAAAAGUUUGUUACAACCUGUUGGAUCUCUUCUGUUUUCAUGGCUUUUCUUUUUUACUUGGUUUUCCCAAUAAGGAGGCAUUGUUGAAGGAGUGGAAUAUGAUUGUUGCUUGGCAUGAAUGGGCUGAAGGAGCUUAUUGUGCUCGUCUCUCUCACUGGAAUAUUACUGUCACUAGCAGAAUGUUUCAAGGAUUCAGCAGUACUACCCAAGGGAAGACCGGUUAUUGGAGCUAGAUUUUUAUCAGAGAUUGUUUUAUGUUACCAGUUGCAAUUUAAGGUCUUUGUGCAUAGAAAAAUAUCAACGGCCCUUUGGGUCUCAAUACUGUACCGUACAGUUUUUACAUAUGCCAAUGAAAAUGGAAAAGGAAAAAGUAAAUGCGAAGUAUUUCUGAUGUUAA